CGUUCGAAAGGGGCGGAGCCGAGGGCUGCUGGGAAGGAGGACCAGUUCGCCCGCUCCUCUCCUCCUGCAUCGUUCGAGGGAAAGCCGGCGAGAGCAUCUUUCCAGCGUCACCGCAGCCGCCUCGGGGGUGGGGGACGGGGGGGCCUCCGGAGCGCCUCGGCCCGCCGCUUCUGCUGCUGUUGCUGCUCCUUCUCCGCCGGUUGCCAUGGCCGAGAUCGCCAGCGUCCGCCCCAGCUUCGAUGUCUCCCCCAUUGUGGCCGGCCUCAUCGGGGCCACCGUCCUGGUGGUGUCGGUCUCGGUGACGGUUUUCGUGUGGACCUGUUGCCACCAGCAGCUGGAGAAGAAGCAGAAGAGCGCCCCUUACAAGUUCAUCCACAUGUUGAAAGGCAUCAGCAUCUACCCAGAGACCCUGAGCAACAAGAAGAAAAUCAUACGUAUCCGGAGAGACAAGAAGGGCGUGGCCAGGAAAGACGGGAACGGACACCUACUGGUGGACGCGGCCGAAGCGGGCUUGGUGGGCUCCGAUAAAACGUCCGGCGGGUUGAACUCGGCUUCUUCCGUCAACCAACUCCCCGUCAAAGUAGAGUAUGGAGAAGAACCGAGUCCUCACCAAAGCUUGACCCCGCCGGAGAGCAAGACCUCCUCGUUGUCUUCUCCAGAAGAAGACAUCACGCUAGGGACUCUGACCUUCUCGGUGGAUUACAACUUCCCCAAAAAAGCCCUGGUGGUGACCAUCCAAGAAGCCCACGGUUUGCCGGUGAUGGACGAGCACAACCAAGGUUCGGAUCCUUACAUCAAGAUGACCAUCCUGCCGGACAAAAGGCACCGUGUCAAGACCCGGGUUCUUCGGAAGACCUUGGAUCCCGUCUUCGACGAGACCUUCACUUUUUACGGCAUCCCCUACAGCCAGCUUCAGGAUUUGGUCCUCCACUUCCUGGUGCUGAGCUUCGACCGUUUUUCUCGAGAUGACGUCAUCGGGGAGGUGAUGGUACCACUCGCGGGGGUGGACCCCAGCACCGGGAAAGUCCAUCUGACGAGGGAGAUCAUCAAGAGGAACAUACAGAAAUGCGUCAGCAGAGGAGAGCUACAGGUGUCCUUGUCCUACCAGCCUGUCACACAAAGGAUGACCGUCAUGGUACUGAAGGCAAGGCAGCUGCCAAAGAUGGACAUCACUGGUCUCUCAGGUAACCCUUACGUCAAGGUGAACGUCUACUACGGCAGGAAGCGGAUCGCGAAAAAGAAAACCCACGUGAAGAAGUGCACUUUGAACCCCAUCUUCAACGAGUCUUUCAUUUACGACAUCCCCACCGAUCUCCUGCCGGAUGUCAGCAUCGAAUUCCUGGUCAUCGACUUUGACCGGACCACCAAAAACGAAGUGGUCGGACGGCUGAUCCUAGGGGCGCACAGCGUCACGGCCGGCGGAGUGGAACACUGGCGGGAAGUGUGCGAAAGCCCCCGGAAGCAGAUCGCAAAGUGGCACAGCUUGAGCGAAUAUUAGCAGGGUACACGGGGAAGGCGCGGGUGGGUCGAUUCACACCCGCGCCCCACCUACAAGAGACUCUUCCCCCCCUCCCCAAGAAACCCCUCCCAUUCCCCCCCCAAAAAAACAACCCCUUCUAUUUUAGCCGUAGAACUGACCGUUUCCAUAAGAAGCAGCUGACUGAUUCUUUGUUGUGACGUUGUUUACAGGGCCCGCACACAUACACACAGCGACACGCAACAACACGUACCCGGGUUCUACAAACCGUGGGAAAGGAGGAAAAAAACAAAAAAAAAGAGGAAAAGAGUGCAUUAAUUUUAAGAAUACCACAAAACCUAUAUUUAAAAAAAAACAAAACGAGCGUAAUCGCACUACUAUUGCAUGCUGAGUACAGACGUCGAGAAAAAGAAAAAAAAAAGAAAAACACAAAAAAAUUAGUAUAACUUAACCAGUAUCGAGAUGCAGGUUUGUUUUUUUUUGUUUUUUUAAUUAAAAAAAUGCAAUUUAUCUGUCACUACGAGAAGUUGUGUUUUUGUGCUGAACAGUCUUUUGCAGGUAUUCACAACUGGUUCUAUUCAGCUUUUCUUCCCGACUUCCUUUUUUUUAAAAAAAAAUAACAAUUAUAUAUAUAUAUAUAUAUAUAUAUUCUCGUGUCGAUUUGCUGGUUUUUCUUCGCUUGCCCUUAUCUCUGUUAAAACCUCUUGCCGUUUUUCUAUGAUUUGGGUGAAUUAACUUCGCUUGUACAUAACACGCAGUGGGUUUUAGAGGCAUUUGUCUAACAAACACGAAUUUCCUUUUUGGAACUGGGGCAUAAGAAAAAUAAAAAAUGCCUGAAUGGCAAGCGGCUGUUUAAAAAAACCAAAAAAAACCACCAUUUCCUGUAAAAACAAAUGUGGGAUUAACUCAGCAAUGGACAUGACGUUAUCAGCAAAUUCUUUGCCUAGGGAAAUUUCCGUGAGCAGAAACUGGCCCUCUUUCCUGCUUAAUCGCUGAAUAAACUUUCAAUUUAAAGAAGCGUGGUUUUUUUUUUUUCUCCCCAAUUUUAAUUUGCACACAGAAGCAAAAAAGAUGUGCUUUUAUUUUUAUUUUUUUUCCUUUAAAGAAUAAAGGAAAACCUGGAAUAGUUCUUAAGGAAAAGUGCUCAGGGUAUAAAUAGAUUUAGGGUUAUUUUCAGGGGUGUGGAGCCUGGCCUUUUGGGUUUCACUCGAACCCCCUGUUGGCAUGCCAAAUCGACAAGGCCGAUGGGAGUUGUGAUCCAGAAGGACCCAUGGUUCCCACCUGUUGUCUUUUCCAGGCCUAUGGAAACAGUUCUAUUUCUCCACAGGAGUCGUGGGAAAACGAAGGAUGAUUUUUUAAAAAAAUAAUAAGAAUAGAAUAAUAAACUGCCACCAUCGCCAUAAUACAUGGGAAUUCUUUUCAUGAAAGCUGCUUUACCAUUAAAAUUUCCCCGAGAUGUGACGUAAUUUUUCCUCCCCCCCCCCUUUUUCUUUUCUUUUCGGUUGUCAUCCAGUUCUUCUCCCCGACCCCUUUUCCUCUUUUUCUUUCUACCUUGUGUCUGUUGUAAAAAAAUGGUUUUCAAAAUAAGUAAAUUAAAAAGGAGCUUAAAAAAAACAACGAAGUUACAACUUUGCGUCAAAACAAAAACGAAAAGGCAAAAAAAAAAAAAAUUGAGAAAAAGUCGAGCCAUGUACAACCGCAUAAAUGCUGUUAUACUAACCUAACCAACAUGUAAUUGCUAUGUGUAACGUCAAUAUUGUUUUAAUGCAUACCCGGACAUUCAAAUAAAAGAUGGAGUCACUUUAUUAACUUU